AUGGGCCGCAAAGCGGGCAUGCCAACCACCAGGCCACCGUCUGUGGGCGAUGUAGGCACCCUCAGCACACGCCCGGGCACCAACAAUGCCUCCCUGCGCAUCAGGGAUGCGCUGGAGCCUCUAAGGGCCUGCAAGGAGGAGCCCUGCUGCAGGCUGGGAUGGAUCGAGCGCCGUGCAGGUGCGGAUGCAGUGGCCAAGCCCACAGGCGCGACUUGGCAUCGAGUCUUGAGGAGCCUGCCUACAGGAGAUGCUCGGAUGCUCGGGGCCUCGGCGCUUCCCUGCGUCUCGCGCAAGGGCCGGAACUUGCCGAAGAGGCUCAGACCCGGGUCUUUGUCAUCUUUUGGAUGCUUUUGGACGGUGCGAGCUCGAGGGAAAGCAAAGGCACGGCUCUCCGAGUCCGGCGAGUCCUAG